GUGACACCAAGGUGGAAACACUACUUAACACUAAUCCAGUCCAGGCGUCGUGCACAUGUAGAGGCUGUCGCCACCACUCUCUUAGCAGCCUUGCUAAAGAGUAACCAAAUGCGUUGACGUUGAUAAGAGCUACAGGGCGAAAACAUCAAAGAGCGUACGUAGGGUGAAGCUGGAAAUAAGAUUACUAUCGAUCAGCUCGAGGCAAAGGAUCUCCUGAACUGCUGAAACCAUGGAGAUGGAGGCCGCGGAAUCAAACGGCGCCGAACGCCGGGCAUCUGUGAGGAGUCGCUGGAUUUUCUGGGCCUGCGUUUUCAUCCUCGCGACCAACAGCUUCCAGUGCACCGCCUACUUCGGCGUGUCCACCAACCUGGUGAACUACCUCAGGGACCGGCUGCACGAGGGCAGCAAGGCCGCCGCGAACGGCGUCACCAACUGGCAGGGAACGAACUCCAUCACGCCGCUCGUCGCCGCCUUCCUCGCCGACGCCUUCCUCGGCAGAUACUGGACCAUCGCGAUCUUCUUGCUCAUCUCCGUCGUGGCCUACGUGGUGUUGACGGUGAGCGCCGUGGCGGCGCUGCAGAGCGCGGCGUUCUACGCGGGGCUGUACCUGCUGGCGCUGGGCGGCGCGCUGCAACCGGUGCUGACGUCGUUCGGGGCGGACCAGUUCGACGAGUCCGACGAGGAGGAGCGCAACCGGCAGAGCUCCUUCUUCAACUGGUUCUACCAAUCCAUCAACGUGGGCUCGCUCGUCGGCGGCACCGUGCUCGUGUGGGUGCAGUCCAGCGUCAGCUGGGGGCUCGGGUACGGCAUCCCAGCGCUGUUCAGCGUGCUGGCCGUUGCGGUGUUCCUUGCCGGCACCGCCGCGUACCCGCGCCACCAGCAGCCGGGCGGCAGCCCGCUCACCAGGGUCGCACAAGUGAUCGUCGCCGCGGUUAGGAAGUACCGCCUCGAGGCGCCGGCCGACGCGUCGACGCUGCACGAGUGCGAGGCCGACGACGGCAUGUCCGCGAUACAGGGGAGCCGCCGGCUCGCGCACACCGACCAGUUCAGGUUCCUGGACAAGGCGGCGGUGGAGACGGCGGACGACAAGGCGCAGCCGAGCCCGUGGCGUCUGUGCACGGUGACGCAAGUGGAGGAGCUCAAGUGCCUGCUCCGGUUGAUGCCGGUGUGGGCAAGCGGCAUCAUCUUCGCGGCGGCGUACACGCAGAUGGGCACCACCUUCAUCCUCCAGGGAGACACGCUGGACCCGUACGUCGGCGGCUUCCGCGUCCCCGCCGCCGUGCUCUCCGUCUUCGACACCCUCAGCGUCAUGCUCUGGGUGCCGCUCUACGACCGUCUCAUCGUCCCGCUCGCGCGCCGCGUCACGGGCCACGGGCGCGGGUUCACGCAGCUGGCGCGCAUGGGCGUGGGCCUCGUCGUGCUCGCCGUCGCCAUGCUGGCCGCCGGCACGCUCGAGGUGGAGCGGCGUCGCGUCAUCGCGCGGCACGGCAUGUACGACUCUAACACGGGAGCGGACGGGGCGUACCUGCCGUUGUCCAUCUUCUGGCAGGUGCCGCAGUACUUUGUGGUGGGCGCGUCGGAGGUGUUCACGUUCAUCGGGCAGAUGGAGUUCUUCUACCACCAGGCUCCGGACGCCAUGAGGAGCCUUUGCUCGGGGCUGUCCGCGACAUCGUUCGCGUUGGGAAACUACUUGAGCUCGGCGCUCCUGACCGCCGUGGCUCGCGCGACGGCGCGGGGCGGGCAGGGCGGGUGGAUUCCCGACGAUAUCAACCGUGGACACCUCGACGACUUCUUCUGGCUGCUCGCCGUGCUCUGCUUCGGCAACUUCAUCGUCUACCUGCUCAUCGCGCGGUGGUACACGUACAAGAAGACCGUGGACUAAUUUCAUAUUGAUUAAGGUGGCUACUUAAUUAAUUAAUAAGAUUAGUAGUAGGUUCGUGGCAUGCAGCUAUUUCAGCAACCUACAACCAAAACUAAGGAUCGCCGGAGAUGGCGAUGAACUGAUGAUCCAGCAACCAA